ACCAACCUCUUAUCAACAAAAUAUCAUCAAACAUAGUCGUUUAUGUUGGUUUUCGUUUCUCUUUCCUUCUCACUUUCACAGCCAUGAAUGCUAUAGCUACUGCUUCUGCUUUAUCUCUUCCAAUUUUUUGUAGAACGUCUAAGUUUGACACCAAAAGGGGCUUGAAAGGUAAAUUUGGAGUGUUUGCUGUGUUUGGAGAAGCAGACAAGAAAAGUACAUGGGGUGCAAUCUUUGAUGUAGAGGAUCCAAGAUCUAAAGUACCACAAAGUAAAGGGAAAAUUUUGGAUGUAUAUCAAGCUUUAGAAGUAGCUAGGCAGGAUAUUCAUUAUUGUGAUUGGCGAGCUCGGCAAGACGUGCUUACCAUCAUGCUCCUCCAUGAAAAGGUGGUCGAAGUUCUUAACCCUCUAGCUCGUGAAUUCAAGUCGAUUGGCACCAUGAAAAAGGAUCUAGCCGGAUUGCAGGACGAAUUAGCAGAUGCACACAGACAGGUUCAUAUAUCGGAAGCAAGAGUUUCCACUGCUUUAGAUAAACUAGCUUACAUGGAAGAAUUGGUAAGCGAUAGGCUAUUGCAAGUGCAAGUGCAAGACCGAAGCACGGAUGAAGUUGCCGAGACAUCCUCCUCUCCAAGUACUUCUGCAAAAUCGGUACAUACGGAAAGAAGAAGGAAACCCAAGAAAAGCUUGAAUGUUUCAGGUCCAGUUCAGUCAUAUCAUCCUAAUUUAAAGAAUUUCUGGUAUCCUGUUGCAUUCUCUAAUGACUUAAAGGAUGAUACCAUGGUCCCAAUGGAAGUUUUUGAGGAACCAUGGGUUAUCUUUAGGGGUAAAGAUGGCAAACCUGGAUGUGUCCAGAAUACCUGUGCACAUAGAGCAUGUCCCCUGCACCUCGGUUCAGUAAACGAGGGUCGUAUCCAAUGCCCUUACCAUGGCUGGGAAUACUCGACUGAUGGAAAAUGCGAGAAAAUGCCAUCAACUAAAAUGCUAAAUGUUAAGAUAAAGUCGAUACCAUGCUUUGAGAAAGAAGGGAUGAUCUGGAUUUGGCCCGGCAAUGAUGCCCCAACGAUCUCACUUCCAUCUUUACUACCUCCUUCUGGAUUCGUAAUCCAUGCCGAGAUUGUCAUGGAACUUCCGGUUGAACAUGGUUUACUUUUGGACAACCUUUUGGAUCUUGCACAUGCGCCUUUUACUCAUACUUCAACAUUUGCUAAGGGAUGGAGUGUUCCAAGCUUUGUGAAUUUUUUGACACCUGCAUCUGGCCUGCAAGGAUAUUGGGAUCCCUAUCCAAUUGAUAUGGAGUUUCGACCGCCUUGUAUGGUUCUAUCUACCAUUGGAAUUUCAAAACCCGGUAAACUGGAAGGACAAAGCACCAAAGAAUGUGCUACACACCUGCACCAACUUCAUGUCUGCUUACCAUCUUCUAAAGAUAAAACAAGAUUACUGUAUAGAAUGUCGCUGGAUUUCGCACCACUCCUUAAGCACGUACCCUUCAUGGAACAUCUAUGGAGGCAUUUCGCAAACCAGGUGUUAAACGAGGAUCUACGGCUAGUAUUGGGACAACAAGAUAGAAUGAAUAAUGGUGCAAAUGUGUGGAAUGUGCCAGUUACGUAUGACAAGCUUGGAGUAAGAUACAGGCUUUGGAGGGAUGCAUUGGAAAAAGGAGAUAAGCAGCUACCCUUCAACACAUAUAAUAACUAAAAUACACAAACCAAACACUGCAUUUUGUCUCACUUAGAGUUAUGCUUCUUGGAUCCAAAUAAGGAUCUUUUUUUCUUUUUUGUCAAAGCUCUUAGACAACCUUGCAUUAGAACUUCAUGGCUUUGCAUCAACCUAGUGAGGCUACCCGGGAAUGUUGUGUUGAUAUAAGAGGCUGUUCUGUUCCUUUGUAGAUUGAUAAGGUUGUAAGAGUUUUGACAAUUUUUCUUGUGUACAGUCCAUUUUAUGGUUCACCAUCUUAGAUGCUGGUGGUAUAACCACACCCUUGAAUAAGGGGAUUAUUGUAUGUCAAUAUUUUGGUACAAUGUUAAUUAAGAAUUCUUGACUGGUUUCAGUUACAA